AUGCUUCUUUCGAAAGGCUUCCUGGUCCUUGGAGCAUUAUCUCCUGCGGUAGCCAUCAGCUGCACUAAAACACCUCCGACAUACCUGGACUGGAAAACGUACAAGGGAAACGGAGCAAAUCUCGGAGGAUGGCUCGUCCAAGAGCCAUUCAUCGACACGGAAUUCUGGUCGACAUAUUGUGGAAGCGAAGUCUUGGAUGAGUGGACGUGCUGUGCAAACUUGGGCACACAAUGCGGGUCAGUGCUGGAGCAGCGAUACGCGACUUGGAUCACCCCUGCAGACAUUGAUGUCCUUGCAUCAGGAGGUGUAAAGGUGCUGCGCAUGCCUACAACUUACGCGGCUUGGAUUGAGCUUCCCGGCUCUCAGCUGUACCAUGGCAACCAGAAGGGCUACCUAUCAAAUAUCGCCAAUUAUGCGAUUGCGAAAUACGGCAUGCACAUCAUUAUUGAUCUUCAUGGGCUUCCUGGUGGCAUAAAUAAUGGCACGAUUGGAGAAAGAGUAGGCGGGCUUGAUUGGUUUUACAAUCAGACAGCUUUCGACUGGUCUUUGAAGGCAGUCGACGCAGUGAUCGACUUCAUACGGAAAACGGGGCACCCGGAGUCGUUCACACUGGAACCGAUCAACGAGCCUAUGGACUUACCUGACCUCGUCGGCCAGCCAUCAUCACUCAGCGAAGAGGCGGCAUCAUGGCUGCUGAAGUAUUUCAACGCCGUUGUCAACCGAGUGGAGGCUGCAAACCCCAACAUCCCGGUCAUGCUUCAGGGGGCUUUCAAGACCGUUGAUUACUGGUCUGCCAACUUCACAGAAGGCAAGAACAUUGUAUUUGAUAUGCACUACUAUUAUUUCGCGGGUCGUCCUGUAGGAUCAAGCAACGUUACCGACUUUAUCUGCAACGAUGCUAAAGAGGCGCAAGGUUCCGGAAAGUUCCCGGUCUACACUGGCGAAUGGUCCAUCCAAACUUUAUACAAUAACACACUUGCUAGUAGAGCAGAAAUCAUCAAUGCUGGUCUGUUUGCCUGGGGAAAGUACACUCAGGGAAGCAGUUUUUGGACCGGUCGGUUUACUGGUAACACAAGUGUCAAUGGAGAAGGAACUCAAGCAGAUUACUGGAGCCUUGAAGCCCUGAUCAAGUCCAAUCUCAUUCAGUCACUGGUCAACUCAGAUUACUGUUCGUAG